UGUUAGCAGUCUAGUUUAGUAUAGACAUCUGUAGUUUGGAAUAAUAGUUCAAAUAAAAUUUCUCUCAAUAAAUGGCUACAGGCGUAUAUAAGAUGAUUCUCCUAAUGCCAAUAUCCAGUAAUGAAAUUUAAGAAUAAUUAAAGAACAAUUGAUAUAGUAAUCGAACGAAUUUGAAAACGUUGAGAAGAAAAUCGAUUCUUUUAUAAAAAGUGUCGAUUCACUAGUCGAUUAUUGUCAAACUCUAAUUUUAUAUACGCCGAUCGCUGGGUAUUGUGCUUUUUAAUAUCAAUUUUGUGCUCUACUUCAUUAAUUAUCUCAGUAAUUAAAUACAAAAGACGUUAUAAAAUGCAUUUCUUGCUAUAUACGCUUCUAUUUUCAGCCUUCGCUGUGGUGAGCAAUGUAAUAGCAGAGUUUUCUGCAGACGACUGCAAAAUGUUAGGGUUUAACAAAGCCAAUUUACUCUGCUCGACCUGUGAACACUUCACCGAACCCAAUCUGGCAAAGAUACUUGCUACAUGUAAGGAAUGUUGUUUGAAAGAUAACGAUUACGACUUGUCCGGAUCGAAACGCUAUCCUAAGGCUGUUCUCGAGGUGUGCACAUGUAAAUUUGGUGCAUAUCCACAGAUACAAGCUUUCAUCAAAAGUGACAGACCAAAGAAAUAUAAGAACCUUAGUAUAAAGUAUGUAAGAGGUUUAGAUCCGAUCAUUAAGUUGUACGAUGCAGAAAAUAGAGUUGAAGAUAUACUGGAUAUACACAAGUGGGACACAGAUUCUGUAGAUGAAUUUCUGUCAACUCAUCUUUCUAGGGAUUAGUAAAGUUAAGGAAUACACUAUUGAUACAUAAUCUUUUUCUAUUGAAUUAUUAAUAUAUGAAUGAAUGAAUGAAUAAAUGUAUGUUUGUAUGUAUGUAUGUAUGUAUGUAUAUAUAUCCCAAGUCACAUUGUACUCAUUUGGCUAAUUUUUUAAUUAUCACUUUAUCACACACACAUCACGUUGAACCUAAACCUAAACAUAUAGUAUCAUGUUUAAUGUUUUUCAGAGGCUUCUGGUUAGUAAUUUAUUUCAUGCUAUGAAAUAGAAUACAAAAAGAUCCUUCUCUGAGGAAAAUAUCUUAUUUCUAAAUGAUAAGAAUACAGUCCAAUUGAUCUUU